AUAGCUUGGUUGCAGCUAUCCAGCACAUGCGCAUUAAACCUCUAUUCUUUACUUGAACUGGCAGGAGAUCAUGUGCGCCAUGAUGGACGCUGACAACGCCCUCAAGCGUUAACCAAUUUAACAAGAACCGACUUCGAACAUCCCUACGACGUCCAGUGCAAUCGUCGUCAAGGACAACUAUUCGCUAACAACGACUCGUUGCGAAGCAACGCCGCACUGACGAAUUACCGAUAUUAGAACAAUUUAUCAAAAUGGAGAAUCAUAGAGAAGAAUCAGAAGCUGAAACCAUCUCGGACAUUCAGAAUUAUUUAGCUUCAUUUAAUAAAGAGAUACAAGAUGGAACUUCAGUAGGAGGAGAUAGUCUUAAUCAACAAUCAGAAAAUUCAGAAAUGAUUACUGCAACUACUAUUGGUACAGUAAGUGAAAGUGGUCAGCAACAGACUACCACUGGUACAUAUUAUGUAACUCAAACAGCAGAUGGAUAUCAAUACACAACAGAUCAGAAUCAGAAUGCUUAUAAUGCUGCUACCUAUUAUACGUCAUCUGGAACUGCAUAUUAUGCUAGUACAGAACAACAAGGACAGAAUGAGCAGAAUCAAGGACAGUAUGAAACAAUUCACACUUAUACUACAGUAGAAGGCAUUGCUAGUGACAGUUCAAUGAAAUCUUCAUCAAGUACUGAUAAUAGAGCUAGAAUGGUAACAGCUGUGACUACUGGAGAAAACAGCAGUUUCCAACAAAUCAUGCUUGCUGUUGAUGAAAGUGGAAAUAUAGCAGGACGAGAAAUGGUUGAUGGAAAUGCUCAAGAAAUUUCAGUCACAAUCCCUGCUUCAAUGACUGGAACAAUGAGACAUAUACAUCAUGAAACUACAGAAGAAUUAUUGAAAGCAGUAGAGAAUCAAAGUAAUUCUACUGAAACCACCCAAGCUUUAGAUCAGCCAACAUUUGUUGCAAUGCAACCUGGUACAUCACAUGAUAAUCAAACUGAAGCUUCAAGUACAGAUAACCAACAGGGGUUAGCUGCACUUAUUUCUCAAGCUGAAGGAGAAAGUGGAACACAACAACAUACCAUUCGUAUGGUUCUUCGACAGCCAGAUGGUAUGGAGACAGAACAAACAAUACCUGUGUCAACUAUGGGUGGUUCUACUUUAGUGACAAGUGAUGGUCAAGAAAUACAUGUUAGUGAUGAAGGUACUUUACAAAUGGUAGCAAAUCUUGCUGAACAAGCAGCUUCAGGCACAACUGGUGAUGGAAAUAAUCAGGUGAUCCUGAAUGCUGGAAAUUCUUAUCAAACUGUAACCAUUGUUCCAUCUGACACUAAUCCAGGAGAAGUUAGUUAUGUAUUAAUAGUUUCACAGUCAGAAGAUGGAAAAGAUGACUGUCAGAAAGAUGUAAAUUUAGAUAUGUCUGUUUAUGAUUUUAAUGAAGCUGAAAAACAUGGUGAAGUUGUUGCUGAAGAAACAGGACCUGAUGGAAUUAAAAUGAGAACCAUUAGGAUUACUACAAAGAAAAGUCAAACUGUAACUCAAGCUCAUAUGUGCAAUUAUUGCAAUUAUACCAGUCCAAAGCGUUAUCUAUUAUCACGUCAUAUGAAAUCUCAUUCUGAAGAGCGACCCCAUAAAUGUAGUGUAUGUGAAAGAGGAUUCAAGACAUUAGCAUCAUUACAAAAUCAUGUGAAUACACAUACUGGAACAAGACCUCAUCAAUGUAAGGAAUGUGAAGCAGCAUUUACAACAUCUGGUGAAUUAGUUCGUCAUGUUAGAUAUAAGCAUACACACGAGAAACCACAUCGUUGCACAGAAUGUGAUUAUGCUAGUGUUGAACUUAGUAAACUGAAGCGUCAUAUGCGUUGUCAUACUGGAGAACGACCUUAUCAAUGUCUCCAUUGUACUUAUGCUAGCCCUGAUACGUACAAAUUGAAAAGACAUCUUCGAAUUCAUACCGGAGAAAAACCAUAUGAAUGUGAUGUUUGUCAUGCAAGGUUUACUCAGUCAAAUAGUUUGAAGGCACAUAAAUUGAUCCAUUCAGGAAAUAAACCUGUGUUUCAAUGUAACUUUUGUCCAACAACUUGUGGAAGAAAAACAGAUUUACGUAUCCAUGUUCAAAAGUUACAUACAAGUGAUAAGCCACUGAAGUGCAAACGUUGUGGAAAAUCAUUUCCAGACAGAUAUAAUUAUAAGGUCCAUGUAAAAACUCAUGAAGGAGAAAAAUGUUUUAAAUGUGAUUUGUGCUCCUAUGCAUCCAUAUCUCAACGUCAUUUAGAAUCCCAUAUGUUGAUACAUACAGAUCAGAAACCAUUCCAUUGUGAUGAAUGUGAUCAAUCAUUCCGACAGAAACAAUUACUAAAACGUCACAAGAAUUUAUAUCAUGAUCCAAAUUAUAUUCCUCCAGUUCCCAAAGAAAAAACUCACGAAUGUCCAGAAUGUGGAAAAGCUUUUCGGCAUAAGGGCAACCUUAUUAGGCAUAUGGCUAUUCAUGAUCCAGAUGCAUCAGCAGCUGAAAGAGCUGAAGCACUUCGCAUUGGUCAACCAAAGGGACCAGGAGAACAAAGAGACGGGGAAGAAGAAGAUUAUGAAGAAAUGGAGGAAAUGACAGUAGAUGUUGAUCCUCAAAAUCAGCAAAACCAGCAGGUUGUGGUAUUUGAAGUCAUUCAAUUACCAACAUCUGAUGGUUCUGAUGAACAUCAACAGUCUGUUGGAACUUUAGUAGAUGGUACAAAUACGGUCACAAUGACAUCUAAUGGUGAAGCAGUUACUUCACAAAUUAAUUCAAAUCUGACUAGCCAAGUAGUAACAGCUAUUAGUUCUGGAGAAGAAAAUAGUGCAUUAGCAGAUCUCAUUACUUCUGGAGGAACAAUAGAAGAGCUUGUUCCUGUGACUGUAACCAGCCAGAUAACUCCUACACAGCCACGUCGAAGAGGAAGACCACGAAAAUAUCCUCUUCCUAAUGAUGUGUUAUCAAAUAAUGUCACUCCACCAAAAGUAAAAGAAGAAAAAGUAGACAAUACAUAUAUUUCAGAACCACGUAGAUCAACACGAAAACGUAAAGUGGUAGUAUUUGAAGAAUUAGAUGAGAUUGAUCGUCCAUCACCACCAACUCCGUCAAGGCGAGGUCGUCCGCCAAAAAAUAACCGAAAUAGAAAUAUAAGAACAAUUGAAGUGGAAGAUGACCAAAGUGAAAUUGACACAGUAGUACUUCCUGCUUCAGUUGGUGAUCCAGAAAUCUUAGCUAGGAGAGAACAAGAAUUAGCUAGAAAAAGAUUAGAACAGAAACAAAAAGAUAUGGCUGAAUGUUUUGGAUUCAAUGAUGAUGACGAUGAAGCAGAAACUAUAUUAGCUAUGCCAGUUGUUCCAGGUACAUCUCAGUCACUAGAAGUGAUACCAAAGACCCAUAAUGAAGCUGAUUCAAACAUAUAUAUUUUAACUACUGUUCCACACAAUGGAACCUCAGUUGAUAAUCAGCAAAGUACAUAAUAUAUAGUGCUCUUGUUAUCAAACUGUUGAAUGCAUAUCCACUCUGUGGAUUGAAGUCUUUACUGUAUAACAACUUGUAUAGGAAAACAUGAUAUGAAUUGGACGAAAUUGUCAUCAUCAAUUGCCAUCACUUCUGGGUUUGUACAUUGUUCUUUUAUUUCCAUCACAUUUUCUACCAUCACUGUUGUUCCUAGCAUCAGAUUAUAGAAUAAAUUCAAAAUAUCCUAAUUCAAAUAUCUCAGAUUUUGAAACUAUUUCUACAAAUGAUGGCUACAUUAAAAUGAUAUCAAAACUUGUUUAAGUAAGGGACAUUCCAACUUCUAUUUCAAGUUAUGAAAGAUUUAUAAAACAUGUUAUUCAACAAAACUACAGUUCUAUUCAUCAAACAUGGAAAAUUGGUUCAAUUCUUUAUCAUAAAAUUAGAAGAAAAUUAUAUCCAGCACAGUUUUGCACAAUAAUAUAUAUAUAUAUAUAAUCUCUCAUUAUCAAUUUAAAGACUGCAAUAAUUAUAUUUUAAAGUGGAUAUAAUAACAGAAGGUCUCUUUAGUCAUUUGUAACACCUUCCACCAUUAGUAUGACUGACAGAAUUGGAUUUAUUGAAUAUAAAUAUAAAAUUCAGGAAAUUCUGAGAAAUUAUCAUGUUUAACAAUGUUUAAUGGUCUUUCAGUAUCGGAACAACUAAUCAUUUUGUCUUUUGCUUGUGCACUGGUUAUUUUGAGUUUUUCUUCGAAAAGUAAGUGUACAAUAUGAUUCUCCAAUAAAAUUCAUUGCACAAUUAAACUUAUUUGAUACAGUAUUAGGCAUGUCAAAGAUAAUAUUUUAUAUUGCGAGUUGCUGAUAAAAUUUUGUGUACUUUUAUGUAUUGAGCAAAUUGAAGACUUUCUGUAAAUGACCAUAUGUCAUGUAAUAUUAUAUGUUAAAAUUUAGGAAAAGAUCUAUAUUGUAAUCUUUUAAAUGUAUCUCAAAUGGCAAACUUAUGUAGGAUCCACUGCAACAUACUUCAUGACAUAGGUAAAAGCUGACAUAUAUGGAUACUGUGUAUCUCUGUUGUGAUAUAUGUAUUUAUGCUGCAGUGGAUUGCAUUCACAACUUAUUGUGAAUCCAGAGAGUACAUUUAAUAUAUGUUAUUCAUUGAACUGUGAAGUUAUUCCAGUUCUUCCAACAAAAA